CGCUCGUAGCUCGUGUGAAAUGACACACGUUCGUUGAUCGGCGCCGUGUAAUUUACGGCCCUGUCCGCGUGAGCUCGUCGCGGGGGCGAGGAUACUACGAGCUCCUCGGAUUGGCCGGCGGCAAUUUCGCGGGUUCGAGGGUCGACGAGUCGCGCGAUGUGAUCGCGCCGCCAAUCGAGCAAGCUCCACCGUCUCUUCACCGUCACCCUCACCCAUCAGGUCAGUUUGUGGCAGCGCGUCGCCGUACCUGUAUACUCGUCGUCGCUGUCGCUGUGUUCGUAUUUAGGUGCUUGCCUAUCUCGAAAUGUCAUUUCUCACCCCGUCGUCGUGCCGCUAAUACUCUUUAAUCGCGCUCUUGUCGUCUCCAUUGUCACAUCGCUCCUAUCAUUCGAUCUUGUUUCCGUCUACUUUCUCCUACAUAUUCCAUAAUUUAUAAAUUAGAUUUAUAUAAAUCUCUUUUUCGAGAAAGUGACACACGGCGUGUUUCUUUACAUUAUCGAGUCGAGAUAAAUUUACGAUGUGAAAAUAGAAGAAGCUGAAGGAUUCUAUUGAAGAUUUUGCCCUGCGAGAAAAGCAACGAACGAAGCAAACUUGAAGGUAUCGAUUGAAGGAUUAAUUAUUGGUUCAGUGAGAGUGAUCGACAGUUUUCGCGAGUGAAAUACGCAUAUUUUCGCGCAAAUUCUCAGAUGCAAAUAUGUAUCGCGUAUAAUCGGGGUACGAAAAAAGGAUUCAUCGAGAGACUUGAAAAUAUUUCUUUCGGAAACUACGCCGCAUGUUGAAUGAAAAUUUCACCUGUUGACAUAAAAUGGAGACAUCACUUGCGAUUCCCGUCGAGAAAAAUCUCCCGAGAUGUCGCGAGGACGUCGAACGCGAUUUCGGCGUCUGGUAUCCUUGAAGGGAAGAUGCACUUUGCGAAGAUGCACGGGUGAUACAGGACAGACUCCGAUAAAAUGUUGAUCAAGGAGUAUCGCAUACCGCUACCUCUUACGGUAGAGGAAUAUCGAAUCGCUCAGCUGUACAUGAUAGCGAAAAAAUCGCGGGAGGAGAGCAAAGGUGCCGGCAGCGGUGUGGAGAUAAUCGAGAACGAGCCGUACAGCAACGGUCCAGGCGGUGACGGCCAAUACACGCACAAGAUCUAUCACGUGGGCAGUCACUUGCCGGGCUGGUUCAAGAGCCUGCUACCCAAGUCGGCGCUCAUCGCCAAGGAAGAAGCAUGGAAUGCCUAUCCAUAUACAAAGACUCGUUACACGUGUCCGUUCGUGGAAAAGUUCUCCGUCGAGAUAGAGACCUACUACUUCCCGGACAAUGGCCAUCAGGAGAAUGUCUUCAAUCUUAGCGGCAGUGAUUACAGAAACAGGAUCGUAGAUGUGAUCGACAUCGUCAAGGAUCAGCCUUAUGGGGCCGAUUACGUGAAGGAAGAGGAUCCCAAGUUGUACGUGUCGGAAAAGACAGGAAGAGGCCCUCUUGAGGAUACGUGGCUGGACGAUUAUUGGGCCGAUGUGGAAGGAAAGCAACAGCCAACGCCAUCGGGCAAGUCACUAAUGUGCGCGUACAAGCUAUGCCGAGUAGAGUUCCGUUAUUGGGGCAUGCAAACGAAAUUAGAAAAGUUCAUACACGACGUAGCUCUGCGGAAGACGAUGGUGCGGGCGCACAGACAGGCCUGGGCCUGGCAGGACGAGUGGAACGGUUUGACGAUGGAGGAUAUCAGGGAGAUCGAACGGCAGACGCAGUUGGCGUUGCAGCGCAAGAUGGGGCUCGGCGAAUCUACGGACGAUGAGCUCGAGGAGAACGAGAAUCGGGAGACGAGGAUGGCAAUGGCGACAAUGACGAUGACGACAACAACGACGACAUCGGCAACUCCUGUGACGGCAAACGCCUCGAUGACGUCGCCGGAUUCAGAUGUCGCCAAGACAUUGGCGGCUACCCUGGGCAGCAUUGAAAAGGAAGAGGCACAGAGUCCGCUGUCCAUCAGGAAACCGUCUGAUAUUCCCAUCAUUAACACGGCGGCCAGCUCCGAAAACGAAAUCAGUCCCGAAGACUCGCCGUCGCCGGUCGAUCUCAACGAGAUCAAAACCGUGAGCAGCAACGCGAAGAAGGAGUGGAGAAAGAACAACGUGCACUUGCAUUCACCAAACUCCAAUAAGAACUUUGACAUUCAGAUCGCGAACUGGAGGAUGGAGAGCAUCGUCAGGGAAUCUGAAUCUGGUAGCGACGACGAGUUCUUCGACUGUCAAGCUGGGUUCAUUAUACCUGUUAUACGCAAAGAGGACUUUGAAGAUAGCUCUUCAUUAGCUAAAUGGAGUUCUUUGGAUCUUCUAGCAGAAGGGGACGACACAACCGUACGGACAUCGCCUGCGGCAAGCGAGCAAGAAGACACAAUAUUUUCGCCUUCGUAUCUGCAGCGCGUCGCCAGCGAGAGAAAUAGUAAGAGACUGCAGAUUCGCACGUCGGCCAGUAUUGACGUGUCAUGUCCAACAUCCCCUCAGCAUUCUCCUACGCAUCAACCGUGCAAAAUUACCGUUUUAAUUAUCGUAAUGCAUGGUGGCAGUGUUUUAGACGCGAAUGUCGAUCUAACCGCGAAAAAGUCAGACAUAACAACAUUUCGCGGAGCUUUCGAAUCCGUGAUGAGGCAGCAUUAUCCCAGCAUGGUCGGACAUGUAUCCGUUAAAUUUGUCGCCUGUCCUUCCAUUUGUACCGAGGGUCUUGGAAUUUUAUCAAGUCUGAGUCCAUACAGCUUCGACGUAUCGCCUUCGUGUAUGGAUGCGCCGCAAGUUACACACGACACCAUCCCGAUCGGCGCGAUUCCUUUGCUGGCGAGCUCGAGUUCCGACUAUCAGGACGCGGUGUCGCGCGUAGUGAUGGCUGCCAAUCAAGUGUAUCACGAUUUCAUCAAGAGCGAGGAGGGUAGAGGCUUCACCGGACAGAUCUGCUUCGUGGGCGACUCGGUAGGCUCUAUCCUGACCUAUGACGCUCUGAGUAGAGCGACGCAACACUCGAGGCACAGUAGCGAGAACAGUAUCCUGGAGGGUGGUAGCGGCCAGCAGGGUAACGACAACGGCGGUAAUACCGAAGAUGCCAAGCAUCUAUCCGCGCCAUCCCCUAGAAGAAGGUCUUCCGGCACGGGCGACAACCCGCACCAUAACAAACUGGACUUCGAGGUAGGUGACUUCUUUACGUUUGGCAGUCCGCUCGCGCUGGUCCUUGCCUACAGGAAGACCGCGUCCGCUGACAGAAACAGCUUCAUACCCAGGCCGUUGGUCAAUCAGGUGUACAAUCUAUUCCAUCCCACGGAUCCCGUGGCCGCGAGAUUGGAACCUUUAAUCUCGGCGAGGUUUUCGCUGAUUCCGCCAGUCAAUAUCGCCCGAUAUCAAAAAUAUCCGCUUGGCAACGGUCAGCCUUAUCACUUGCUGGAGACUAUCCAGACAAAUCCGCAGCUGUUUGCUGACGGUCUCAACAUUCCUAAUAUUCAAAUGCAUUUAAGAAGAUUAUCCGAUAUAUCGCUUCAAAGUACAAUGUCGGGCAUUAUCGAGAAUGUUCCUUUACAAGCGGUGUCUGCCCUGACACAAAAGUGGUGGGGCACCAAGAGACUAGAUUACGCGCUCUAUUGUCCAGAGGGUCUCGCUAAUUUUCCUACAAAUGCCUUGCCGCAUCUCUUCCACGCCAGUUAUUGGGAAUCUUCGGAUGUAAUCGCGUUUAUUCUGAGGCAAUUGGGCAGAUUCGAUUUGUCACUGCUCGGUAACGAGGAAAAGGAUCUCACUAGCUUCCGUCCAGGUCAACCCAGAGAGAAAUGGAAUAAAAAGCGUACCUCUGUUAAACUAAAGAAUGUUGCUGCCAAUCACAGAGCGAAUGAUGUCAUUGUAAGGGAAGGUGCACCACAAGUAUUAGUCGCUAGGUUCAUGUACAGUCCUAUUGAUAUGAUAACUUUAACAGGUGAAAAAGUGGAUAUUCACAUUAUGAAAGACGCGCCGGCAGGUGAAUGGACAUACCUUUCUACCGAGGUAACUGACAAAAAUGGUAGGAUAAUUUACAAAAUACCAGAUGACAAAAUGCUAGGUUACGGGCUCUAUCCAGUAAAGAUGGUUGUAAGGGGAGAUCACACAUCUGUAGAUUUUUUCAUUGCUGUAAUACCGCCGAGAACCGAAUGCAUAGUUUUCAGCAUAGACGGCUCUUUCGCCGCCAGCAGGUCAGUGAGCGGCAAAGAUCCGAAAGUCUGGGCCGGUGCCGUCGAUGUUGUGAGACAUUGGCAGGAACUAGGUUACCUCAUCAUUUACAUUACUGCGAGACCUGACAUGCAACAGCAGACAGUGGUUUCCUGGCUAUCGCAGCAUAAUUUUCCUCAUGGUCUCGUCUCGUUCGCCGACGGCCUGUCCAGAGAUCCGCUCGCCCACAAAGCCGCCUACUUGAAUAGGCUUGUGAAGGAGCACGGAAUGAUAAUUCAUCAGGCGUAUGGCAGCGAGAAGGACAUUAGCGUGUAUACGGCGAUAAACCUCAAACCGAGCCAGAUCUUCGUCAUCGGUAAAGCGUCCAAAAAGCAUCAGGCCCUGGCGACAAUACUGUACGAUGGCUAUGCCGCCCAUCUGAGCACGCUGCAAGCGCAUGGAGGUUCACGUCCCGCUCAGGGCAACGCGCGUAUGGUGAUCCCCAGGGGUCAGUUCGGCUUGCCGGGACAAAAUGCUUCUUUACGUCGACGUAGCUCUUUUAGGACAGCAAAGCGUGCGAUCUCGCAGCCACCCUUGGGCAAGGCCCCCUUCCCGUUGGAACGAUCCACGAGCGUGGGUCCAGGAUCGAGCAACGUUCACCGAUCGGCGGCGACUGAGAAGCUCUGACGAUUCGCGCGCUGCCGCUCGUUCUUCGAGUCCCGGCGGUAAUUUCCCGCGAAGGAAGGACACGAUUCUCGGUUCCAUAUCCUCCUUUAUUCCGUUCCUUUCUUCCCUCGUUUCGUCGGGAUCCUUACUCCGUAUAAUAGUCUUAUAUAAAUCUUUACGUCCUCGCGUUGAUCCCGUCAAGAUUGUGAUUUUUGCAAUGUUACGCAGAUUCUUCUUUACUCUUCUCUGUUCUUUAUAGAUCUUCGAUGACGUAGGCCUUACCGCCCCAUCUUUCGUGAUAUCUCUCAUAUCGUAAAUUUAUAUAUAUAUAUUCUAUAUAUAACGAUAAAAAUAUUCUGUUUUUUAUAUAUUAUAGACUUUUAUUCUUCUUCUCGAUCUUAAACAUUUUUAGUUUCACGCGAGUGCUAGCUCUUAACGUUUUGUGGUGUCGGAAAAUUUCAUCCAUUCCUUUUAGAGAUCUGCGAAUAUUAGAUGUGGAAAAUUCCUCAAUUCGAUUUUGCGAAAAUCUCUUUGUUAUGUAGAUUCCAUAAAUCUUGUAACUAGAUUGUCUAGAUUUUUAGUUCCGAGUUAAUCCUUGUAUAGCUCGUAUCGUAUGACUUUUAUUGUACGGGACUAGCAAAACUCUCGUAUUAUUCCAAUAAAUAAAAUUUUAUUUAUAUAUAUAUAUUUUUUUUUUUUUGUUGGUCAUUUUUACACUACAGUUUAUUAUAGUAAUCUUACGCUAACAUGGAACAAAGAUAUUUAUUUAUUUGGAAUAUUUUUUUAUUUUCUUUUUAAUAUAAAAGCGAGUGAAAUAAGAAUAAAGAUAUAAAUUAAAACAAUAAUAGAAUUUUGUUUAGCGGAAUAAUGAGCCGAGAGAAUAAGAGAACUUGUUAAAACUGUUACCUGAGUCUCCCUAUUGUUAUUAAGAAGACGUAAUCUAAUGCUAUCUGUGUGACACACACUGAGACACGCUUAGACGUAAUUAGCGUUAAGAUCUGUUAGUAUUCUAUUCAUUGCCAAACACGUUAUAAAGAGACGUAAUACGUAAUGCUCUGCAAAGUCCGCGCCAAUUUCUUUCAGGGCUAUUUUCUCCUCGCGCGAAAUAUACCUGCAAAAAAGAAACAGUUUUAAAGUAUAAGGAUGUAACGCAUUGAUUGAUAGAUGAUAUACUUGUUAUACGCGUGCGAUUUUUUUAUCUGUUUGACUUUACAGUUUUAUUUAUAGUACAUCAAGAUAAAAGAUUAUAGUAUCGUUAUAAAUAUUAUUUAUUCGCGACGCAGACUGAGAGAAUGUAUUUUAUUAAAUCGACUGACACAAAAUAAAUAUUUGUAUCGAAGAAGAUAAUAAUUAAGACGCAGUAUUUUUGUAACGGUAAUUUGAAAAAAUAUGAUUAUUUAUAACCAAAAAUGAUGAUAAUGCGAGUGCAAUAACAAUAUUGAUUUGAGAAAAAGAUCUUUCCAUAUACUGUCUCUAUAAGAUAAAUAUAAAUGAGUUUUUAUAUUCAAUUAUUCACAGAAUAGUAAGUUUCUGAAAAUAACGCGUAUAUCGACAAGUAUUUGUGCAUUUAAUCGCGAAGCUAGGAGAUGUACCUAUCAUACAUUUAUAAGACGAAGCAUCGACAUUGUUAGACGCGCGCGCGCGACAAGCGGUACAAAGCUACUUCCCUCUUAUUAUAUAGUCGCGUAAAGCUGUAGCUGGCGAUGUAAAUAAUGUUAGAUGCUGUGUAAAUAACUACUGUUAUUCGUGGAUAACGUUAGGUCGAGGGUCGCGAAAUGUCAUAUUUACGUGAUUAGCUGCUAGAUGCUUCGUCGAGGAAAGCGAUGUGGAACGCGAUGUGUGAACGACUUGGAACUGAAAUGAAUCGAUGCCCUUUUGAUUUCUGUUAUUAUAUAAAAUUCCAAGUUUCUAUUUAUCUUAUCCUGCCUGUAAAUUCUCCCGAAUCUCGCACUGUACGACGAUACUCGCAGAAAGAAAAGAAAGAUUUAUUUGUCUCAGCUCCGAGUCGCACCGACGAUGAAUGGGAGGAAUAAUGGGAUUGAUCAUAAUCAACAUGGUGAUCCUCAUUAAGUUUAAAUCUAUUACAAUCAACGUUACGAAACAAUAAAAUCUUUCUUAUGAGCACGAUUCCAUCUACAUGGUGUCCCACAGGUCUUGCGUCGAUAACGGAAUUUUCACAGCGAAAUUGUUUUCUAUAUUGAUUUCUUUCUUAAAAAAGAAGUUUAACUAACGAUACUAUUUUCUUUCCAUUUUCAAAAGAUUGCCAGGUAUAUAAUUUUUAAUUUUUAAUUUAGGUCAUCGAUUCCUAAAUUAUUGUACCAUUUUAAAACAUGUAACUUUUAAUUUAAAGAAAAGUAAAAAUAUGUUGUAUUUUUAUUGUUCUAAGAUUAUUAUUAUCAUAUAAAAUCU